AUGGGAAAGCUUAAUGUUCUUCAAAUGGUUGAUUUAUCUUGGAACCAAAUUAGGGGAAGUAUUCCAAGCAUCAUUGGAACUUUUCAAAGCUUGAACCGGCUAGAUCUGUCAAACAACAUCUUUGUAGGACACAUUCCACAAAGUUUCAGUGAUCUGAAAGGUUUGGAAUAUUUGGAUCUGUCAUACAAUAGAUUGUCUGGCACAAUACCAAAGUCUCUUGAAAAACUCAGGUAUCUCAAUUAUCUGAAUUUCUCAUUUAAUAAACUCUCUGGUGAGAUUCCUUCUGGGGGACCGUUUGUCAACUUCACUGAUCAAUCAUUUUUGGAGAAUGGAGUACUUUGCGGCAGAUCAAAUUUUGGAGUCCCACCAUGUAAGGCUCAUAGCAAAAGGAAAUCAAAUAUGGCUUUUCAUUGGCUCAAAUAUAUUCUUCCAGCAAUUGCAUCCACAACAAUUCUCCUGGGUCUUAUUCUACUGUGGAAACAGUAUCAUAAACGGAAAGCAUCAUUGCCAAGUUCCUAUGAAAAGUCACCAUUAACAGAGCACAAAAUGGUAUCAUAUCAAGAACUCCGCCUUGCUACAAAUGACUUCUGCGGAAGCAACUUAAUUGGAGUGGGAAGUUUUGGCUCUGUGUACAAGGGAUUGCUCUCUGAUGGGACAGUUGUUGCUAUAAAGGUUCUAAAUUUGCAAAUGGAAGGGGCCUCCAAAAGUUUUGAUGCAGAAUGCAAGGUGUUGCGAACAAUCCGGCAUAGGAAUCUUGUAAAGGUCAUAACUACAUGUUCUAGCCCUGAGGUCAGAGCUUUGGUGCUGCAGUACAUGUCUAAUGGCAGUCUUGAGAAGUGGUUAUACUCUCACAACUACUGUCUCAGUAUUCUGCAAAGAGUAAGCAUGUUGAUCGAUAUUGCAUCUGCUUUGGAAUAUCUCCAUCAUGGUCAAGAAGAAACUGUGGUGCAUUGUGAUGUGAAGCCUGGCAAUGUCCUUCUUGAUGAAGACAUGGUUGCACAUGUUGCAGACUUCGGUCUUGCAAAAAUUUUAGCAAAAAACAAAGACGCAACACAGACAAGAACCAUCGGUACUGUGGGCUAUGCAGCACCAGAGUAUGGUUCUACAGGAACAGUGUCCAGAAGUGGCGAUGUUUAUAGCUUCGGGAUAAUGUUGCUAGAAAUAAUGGCGAGAAAGAAACCAACUGAUGAAAUGUUUGCUGGAGGAGUGACUUUGAGGCAAUGGGUAAAUGUGUCUAUCCCUGACAAUGUUCUAGAAGUGGUGGAUGCUGACUUAUUGAGCAUAGAAGAGGGAAGAGACAUGUAUGCCACAGAAUCUAUGCUUAUGUCCAUCCUGGAAAUAGGCUUGAGGUGUUCCGAAGUAGCAGCAGAGGAUAGAAUGGACAUUAAGGAUGUGGUGCCCAAGCUCAAGAAAAUAAAACUGGCACUACAAGAAUGA